AUGUCUGUGACUGAGGAGCUAGAGGAUUUUAUUUUCCGGCCACAACAACAUUUAGACCCAAAGUGGUUAAAUCCUGACUUACAAGAAGCAUUGCAUAGUCCGGAAGCUUUGUGUACUUUGUUUAAUAGUUUAAUUCAAGAUCGAGAAAUAUAUUUCGACGCCGGAAAUGGUCUAGUUAAUGGUGCAGGGAUUACAGCGAAACUCGGUGAUAGUGGGAAAUAUUAUUGUGGGCUGAGGAUUCUUUCUUGCACAUGUUGUGAUGGACUAUGUGGGCCUCAUUCUGGAUGUGCCUGUCCUCCCUGCACUGCUCUUUCAGCUGAGGAAGAACUUCGGGCAUCAAUUCAAUCUAAACUUGUUGCACCAUUGCACUCUGCUCAGGUCAUAGAUGAAAUUAAAUGGAAGCAAGAUCCAGGUUCUGAAAAUCUUCAAAAUCUCAUUGAGUCAUUGGUUUGGGAGCAGCGGGUGAGAGCAAUACAUACAGCUGUAACCUGCCCAUACAUAUCACAAAUAAGACGACUGAUUGUGCUCUGUAAUAGACAUCUUGUAGCUGUAAUAAGAGAUCAAAGUCAUCACAAAGAGCCAAAAAAAGUGAAAUUAGAUAAGAAAACAUUACAUGGAGUCAGUAAUAGAGCAUUGAGUAAUGUUGUUAGUGCACUAAACAAACCAGUUGAAAUUGGCUCUGAAAUACAAGAUGAUGAAGAACAUACCGAAGAUUCUGAAAGUGCACUAGCUAGGGUGGGUGCCCGCGCUGCUUUACGUCUCGCUUUAUCACUUGUACGUCGCGCAUGGCGUUGCGGUGAAGACGCGGACGUUUGUUCUUUACUCCUGCGGGAUGCCCUUGAAGCAGUUAGGGCAUUGCCAGAUGCGGCGUUAUAUGCUGGAAAUGGACAGACUGUAGCACAAACUCCGCGCUCGCAAAAGAUAUGGGCUGAAGUUGUUGAUAGUGCUGCUAAAUUCUUACAUCAAGUAGUAGCUGGAGAAGUUGGUUGUAAUGUACCGCAAGGAGACUGGCGUACAUCAUUAUGCGUUUGGGUGGAAUUGUGCGCGAGACGAGCCGAAUUACCAGCUUUAUUGAAAGCAGCGGAUGUCUUAGUCACCUUACCACCUAAACAUAAACGACAAUCGGACAACAGGAUUGUUUUGGAAGAAUGCACAGCCCCACUAGGACCGUUUCUAAGACGAAUGGCAAAAGUGUCCGCACCAAAUCCCAUAGUUAAUUCUGAUGCGAUACCAGAAGACGAUGCGACAGCUACAUAUUUAAAAGAUUUAGACAUUCCGAGUGGCGAUGGUCUAAUAAGUGUAAAGAAAGCUGGUAUUGCUUUGUUGUGCCAUUUGGACAGACUUGGUGCACCAUUGUUACCUCCAUUGAAGGGUUUUGUUACUUGCACAGAAUCGGCCCAAGAAAUCAUUUCGGUGGGCAUUGGUCCUAUACAAUUGGGAAGUCUUAGAGUGCAGCAAAUAGCCUGUGCGGAGAAAUUGGCCUUGCUACUAACACAAGAUGGCGCCAUAUACACCCUACCGUAUGAUACAUUGACACCACACUUAGUUCCUGGUCUCGAAGGAAAGACAAUUUCUCAAGUGGCAUCACAUCCAUUGGGCCGUCAUUUUCUUUGUCGAUCGGAAUGUGGGGGAGUAUGGACCUGGGGUUCUGGGGAAGAUGGACGGUUGGGUCAUGGGGACACUGCCCCAAGAGAUGCGCCACAGGCUGUGCAUCACCUGGCUCAUCAUGAGGUUGUAAGAGUAGCUGCUGGCCCGGCUUGCAGUGCCGUAAUAACAUCUCGCGGCGCGCUUUACACGUGGGGUCGCAGCGCUCAAGGAAGGUUGGGACAUGGUACAAUCGAAAACUGUCUCACACCACAGCCAGUAUCGUUCAACGCCCACAAUAUUGAACGAAUCAUUGACGUUGCUUUAGCAUGGGGUGACGGUCAAACUCUGUGUUGUACGUGGGAAGGCGCGGUACAGGUGUUUGGAGAUAGUGAAGGUGGCACUCCGCGAACCCUCUCCGCACUGUCAAUGUUUAGAGUGACACGCGUUUACACAGGCGAGCACUGGCACGCAGCGCUUACUGAUGGCGGUCAAGUUUACACCUGGGGCAAAGGCGAGAGUUUUCGCCUCGGGCAGGGGAACUUGGAGACAUUUAAAAUACCGAAACUUGUAGAGGCUUUUCAAGGUGUAAAAAUUGUCGACUUAUCAUUGGGGUCAACUCAUGCUAUUGCUUUGUCGUCGGAUGGAUUAGUUUACGCAUGGGGAACGCAUGAGAGAGCUCAAAUUUCCAAUCCUGCCCCGCAACCAAUCCAAGUUUUUAACCCAUCUUUUAAGGCUAAUGGUGUAUCGAGUGGUCCAAAUCAUAUAAUAGCAUGGAGUGAAGAAAAUCCAAGAGACUUACCGUCGUCUAUGCCAUUUGUAAUUGAUCUAUCAGAAAAAACGUUUCAAUUUUUAGAACGAUUAUUAAGAAUAGCAGUCGAUCAAAGCAGUACGGCGAAUAUGAAGGAAAACGAAUGUCUGGCAAUCUCAUGUUUGAAUCUCUUAAGAUUACAAGUACACGCUUGGCAAUGCGCCCGAGGUUCCACAGACGAUAUAGAGUCUCGAUCUUGGUGCGCCGGUGUGCACGCAGCUCUUGUGUCGUUGGUAGAGGGGCGAGCUGGUGCGGCCGCAGCUUCAGCCGCAAGAAGGGCGUUAGCUGCCGCUUGGCCUGUAUUAUUGCCGACGCCGCAUGUUCGCGCACAUCAUCUUAUAUCUUUACUACCUCAAGGCUCUGUAGCCGCAAGUGCAGGAGCCAGGUUUAUGACAGAGCUUUUGGUGUGGUCUUUGCUCGGCGGUGGUGGACUUAGAGACGCGUUGAAAAAUGCGCUUCAAGCAAACUCAACUGAUCCCUACAAUCAUUUGCAAUUGGACGAUGAAUUUGAUCAAGUCGACAUAGUGACCGGCCAACGCAGUCGUCCAACAACCACCAUGUCUGAUGAGACGGAAACUAUUCAUGUUGAGCCUGUAGAAGAAUAUCAAAUAAGCAAUGAAACACCAUCGGAUGGAGCAUCUGUGCCUUUGAUGCAUCUAGUCAAACAUUUAAUAAAAAAUACCACAUGUCAAACGCAAAUGCACAUGAGGUCUAUAAUGGACGGCAAUACAAGUAAAACUGACGAUCUCAAAGGGCAUGAUACAGUUAGUCCAAGCUGUGAUCUCCUCAUACGUUUUCAAAGGUUAUUAUUCUGUGAAGCCAUGUGGUCCCGUGGUGGGAGGGGUACACGCGGUGGUGUCCGUAACCUUAUGACGCAAUACGUCAAUCUCCUGUCGGAGCACGUACAGUCAACCUUAUGUUGUUUCAUUACUGCCGUACACAGAGCGGACAACACUCAACUCAAUAGUCUAUGCGAUCUCAUUAGUGCUGAUAUUGUAGGUAGGGUAGUAAGCGAAUUAGCAGUAUGGGUGUGUACGUGUGCAGCGCGCUCUGCCAUCGCUAUGUCCGAUUGUUCCACGUCAUUCAUAAAAAUAAUACGUGCGUGUGACGAAGCGGCGAAAUGCCUUCCAUCCGCACAAAAAUUAGAUGCAGAUCUUUUGGGCUGGCCUGGUUUAGUCUCCAGAAAGAACCAAGGCAAUAACCACGUUGUCAGAAAAUGUGACCUCCACAACCAUACAAAAGAAGGCGGAUCAUGGAUCAUUAUAGCUGGUUACGUAUACGACGUAGAAAACUUUGAUUGUGAGAAUGCUAGUACUGUGGAGUUAGUACGUAAAUUACGUGGCGCGGAUGCUACUGCGGCCCUUAGCGUGGACCCUCACGCUGCCUAUCUCUCACGCCUAACUGAGAAGUGUGUUGGCCUUUAUACAACACAAGUGUAUAGUCAUAAGUGUCAGGAAAGUACUUCUACCCUACGCACCCAUCAUGUUUUAUCUUCAUGUGCGUUUCAUCUAACUCUUGGUCUAUCUCAGUGUGGUUUGAAACUAGCGCGAUCUCUGCCGGUACAACAAGCUGAAAGAGAGGCAUCUUCCUAUAUAUCUGCGGUCUUCUUAAGAGGAGGACUUCAGACAUCCUGCCCUGCGAAUCCUUUUGAAGAGGAAAAAGCCGAAGCUCGCAGCGGUUCUUCCACAGGCGGUAACAGUCCAGCGAGCGAAGUACCAAUAACUAACAUGAUUCAUCCGACUUCACAAGUGUCUUUGAAAAUACGAGUUCCAAGGCUUAAUGUUAGUACGUCACCGGCGAGGGCUGACGCUCUGUUGCAGGCUUUGGCUGAACCUAAAUUACACGAUCCAUUAGCUUUACACCUAUGGUGGGCAUGUGAAAGGCGAGAAGGCUGUGCUCCACACUUUCCACCAGAACAUCCUCUAGAAGAAUUGAGAAGAGCCUUAUUGGCUGUUCUACUUUAUCACGCCGGACUCAAAGAACAUGCGUUGGCAACUGCUACUGCAGAAAUGGAAAAAGGAGAAGUGAAGCUUUCCCCAGCGAUGUCAGAAAUAGUUAAAGCGGUACAACAAAGUAAAUGGACCUUGAUGAGGACUCGACAGCAGCUAUCCAGAGGAUAUAAGGAGGUAUGCGCUGCGCCAUUAGAAAGGGCCCGAUUUUUGUUACACGAUGUUCGGGCGGCGAUCUCUCCAGCAGUAUCUGCGUUGAACUCACGCCCGCCAUCACAUCGUUCGCCCACCUCUAAAAGAAUUUUCCGUAAAGUCAUGAAGUUAUCCAAAACACCCGACUUUAAUAAGUGUAUGGAGACAACAACUAAAGAGUUAAGAAACCGACAAAACAGUUUGAGUAAAAGUAUGUUGAAAGCAACCGGAAGCUUGCUACAAGGUGAUGCACUGCUCAUCAAAUCGUCAAUUGCAAGUCAAUCAAGUAAAAAUAUCGAAGAGAACCAACUGCUUGUAAUAGAACCAAAAGGCGAUGGUGAUUUCAGUAAAGACAAAAUUAAAACGAAACUCAAAGUAAGAGUAUAUGAUAAAGAACUAAAAAAUGCAUCUAAUUACGACGAAAGCAGAAGCGAAAUUAAAGAAAAAGAUGAAACAGACAGGGAUGAUGAUAAAACUCCGACAAAUGAAAUUUCUAUGAGCUCCGUGAAUGAUAUAACGGAUAAUUCAAUUUUCAAAGAAUCUAUGGAAAGUGAGAAACAAGUGAUGCUACUAGCUGAUGAUCUCAAAAACGAACUAAUUAUUGCUGAUGAAGAAAAAGAUGAUGAUAGUUCGGAAAGGCAUAAGUUUGUUAAUGCGUGGGUGUCGCGAAUGGCUUGUGAAGAAAAAGAUUUGUACUGGCUCCUGGAAGAAGUAACGCCGGAACAACAAAAUAUAACGACGGCCAUAAUAGACUUUGUCAUUACUGAAGAACCCUGUGAUAUAGAUAUAUUAAAAAGAGCUUUAUACUGUCAGAUUCAAAGAGCGGAAAUAAGAAGAAAUGGCUAUUUUAUUAUAAACAGUAUUAUUAAUUCGUCACAAACUAUGUCUGAUAGUAUAAAGUACGCGGCUCUCAGCGGCAUUUUAGGGGCGUGUAUGGCUGACUCAGUACCACACACACAAUUAAAACCUAGUAUUCCAUUGAAAAAACCCCUGGAAGGCAUAGAAUCUGUGAUACCCUAUUUAAAGUAUAUGGUGCUUCUGGAGAAGUCUAAAUUGAUGGAUUUCAUCCUAAUUGAAUUGAAAUCUAGAGUGAUUGAAGGCGAACAAAGCCAACCGUUACCAUUGAAAAUGAGUGCGAAUUAUGGUGCACAUGCGUUGUUAAACAAACCGGCACGGGCGAGGUUCCUGAUAAUUCUUUUAUCCCUCCUCAUUGAGGGUUGUCAAGGUCCAGAGUUAGAACAGCUAAUUAACGGUGGAGCCCUUAGUUCCUGUCUUACUUUGCUCAAGCAAAUUGGAGGCGACACAUCUCAGCACGCAUCGCUUAUUUGCCACGGAACUAAAUCAAGAGCUGAUUGCUUGAUAAUAUACGAGGAUGAGAGACUCGGGGCUAGAGCGAGAGGUGCUUCACUCUCUGGACCAGAGCUAGCAUCUUUAAUGAAGAUUGGGACGCGAGUGGUUCGCGGUAAAGACUGGAAGUGGGGUGAUCAGGACGGUGUACCAGGUGGUGAAGGGCGUGUAAUAGGUGAAUUAGGUGAAGAUGGGUGGGUGCGAGUAGCGUGGGACGCUGGAGGUACCAAUUCAUACCGUAUGGGGAAAGAGGGCAAGUACGAUCUCAAACUGGCUCGUUCUCCCUCUCCACCGCCUUCUGUGGAUGAAACCGUGCAGGGGUCGCCGGAGAUGACUCAAGACUGGUGGCCAGUGAGCGAAGUCCGUGCGGCUUGCACUAGCGCAGUACGUGCAAUGUGCGCGGGAGUGGGAGCUAGAAGAGGUGUAGGCGGUUACAGCGUUACUGCUAGACGAAACGUUGCUGCCCUGCAGAGGCGGUUACUGGCACUCGCACAUGCGCAUGUGUCACCUCCACCCACUGCGUUUGCUGGACAUUUGCAUACUUCAUUGGCUUUGUUGAGAGCGAGCGCUCAGACUUUGGAAAUGAGAAUAUCCCUCUGUACAGACUCGUGGUUUGAAUUGUGCUACAGCAUUAUAUCACCAAAUGACAAACCAAUCACACAAGAUUUGAUAUAUUUGCAGAUCCAAGCCUUAUGGCUUCUUCGUAGUGUGCUAUCCGAACAUAAUGGUCCAAUAGAAUGGCGUCGUACUGUCUCCGCACAACUAAUAGCACUUGCUGGUCGUCUAUGGCUAGAGACUCAUACGGCCGAUCCGGCCUUAAGGCUCAGUUCACACUACACACAGAUGCCCGCGCAUAUGGACGAGGAGGAAGUCGAUAACAGAUGGCGUGCGCCUGCGACAUCUAGUUACACGGGCGCAACGUGUGCGGCUAUAAUAAGUCUGUUAAGGCAACUACACACAAUACAGCAGUGGCACGGUCCCAUCACAAGCCUGCUUUUGGAGAAAAUGCAGAUGGCUGCUCAAAUGAUAACGAAUGAUUGGCAUUGGUGGCCACAUGCUAGUCAAGAUUUGGCGCAAACCUUAAAACCAGCUCCUCCCUCGCUCAAUACUUGUUUAAUAGCUGGUGCUUUGGGCGUGGUGGGUGGUAUGGAAUGGAGAUUGCGUUUAGGACAGCGAGUGUGUGCGGGAUCCCCUCCGCGUAAUGCGGUCAUAACACAACUUUCUACACGCGCUAAGAUCACUUUAGUUCACGAUGAUAAUUCGACUACUAAGACGGAUCUAAACAGUGUACAAAGUAUAGAAUGUGAGAAACUGUCUCAUCCGCUAGUUGGCGGUGAAAGUGCUCUACGAGUGUGUGCAGCGUUAUUGGGCGCUGGACCACAGGCUUCGCCGAUGCAUCCACAUCAUUUGCCGGCGGAUAUUGACGUAUAUGGUUUGAGAAGACAGCAAAUGGAACUGCUCACAUUAUCCGCCGUACGAGGCUUACUGACUACGCGGACUCGACUACGAAAUGUAUUAAUGCAACCUCCGGAUAACUCCACAGGAUCUCUAGAAAGAACUGGAAACUCACUUGGCACAGAAGGCACUUUACUACGUCGUCUACUAGCACUAGCAACUCGGCCUAGUCCUUUAGCCGCGUCACACACACCCAAAGAACUCGGCGUAGCCGCAUUGGCUAUAGCACAACAACUGGCUGCACAUGUUUCUAAUGACGAAAAAGAUUUCGAAUCUCCUCCAGAAAUUCCUUUAAUAGACAAAAGUAACAUAAUGCAAAUAUCUGCGGGUCCUUCUACGAGUACAGCGUCACUAUCUCGAAAAGACCUCAAUACGUGGGCUAAUUCUGCACAAGUCCAACAAGUCAUAGAGAUGGGAUUCUCCAGACAUGCAGUGUACUCAGCCAUACAGACACUGGGUGGUACAAGUCUACCAUCCGUCGAAGCAUUAGUAGCAUACCUCUUAGAACUACCACAGCAAGGUAUGGACGACUCAGUCUUUGAACCGAAAUCUCAGUCAAAAGAGAAGAAACAGACGCCAUACCGUUGGAGAAGUUGCUUUGCGUCUGAGGAUGAAUACGCUCAGUACUUAUCAGAUAUUAUAACACCCGGAAUGACUGUACGGUGUUGCAAGGCCUUUGAAAAUAUCGCGUUGGGUGAUGUGGGGCAAGUGCAAAAGGUUGAACGUGAUAUUAAGCAAAACGUGUAUCUACAUAUCGAAUGGCGUGGCCUAGGUCGAGUUUCGGGUAUUCGAGCGCUUAACGCUGAAGUAGUAUCGGGCGCACCGCCGUUUACCGCAGGCGAUCGCGUACGUGUACGUUCAGCUGUCACGCAACCAAGAUAUAAGUGGGGGUGUAUUGAUCACUCCAGUGUCGGCACUGUUACAGCUAUAUCCAGCAAUGGUCGAGACUUAACAGUUGAUUUUCCUCAACAACCUGGAUGGACUGGUCAAGUCAGUGAAAUGGAAUUAGUGACGGAUCAAUCGGAAUGGGGUGAAAGUGCUGGUGGCACUACCGUAGGUUGGCGUGGGGCCGUACGAGCGGCGCGAGUUUCAUCUUGUCGUUCAGGUGCAGGUGCGCGUCGCUUAUUAGACUCGCAGCCGCACACCUAUUGGCAGAGCUCUACUGGCACUGGACAGCAUUGGAUUCGCAUCGAAAUGCGGAGUGGCGUACGUAUACGUCGAUUAGGGUUGGGCGUGGCUGGCGGUGUGCAUGCUCCCUCAGCCUUAUCAGUACGGGCGGGUUCGAGCUUCGAGGACUCCGCAUUAGCGCCACUUGCAGCAGUGCCUUGUGCGCCUGCGCCGCCCUCAAGAGAUAGACCGCCUACGCAUUUAGCUCAGAUACAGUUACUAUCGGACUGCAAGCAGUGUUAUCCAUGCAUCGAAAUUGGGAUAAAACAAAAUCGCAACGUAAAUGCUGAUUGUCGUGUCUAUGGUCUUUACAUUACUGGAUUUAGACCGAAUCCACUUUACACCGAUAUAUUGUCUAGUAUGAACUUUAUUGCCGAGGAUUGGAUGGAGAAAGAUCCGCCUACAGGUGCCUUACCCACUGAUAAUAACGUGCCAUCUGUACAACCGGACUGUCCAAAAGUUUACGUAUGGGGACUCAACGAUAAAGACCAGUUAGGAGGAGUAAAGGGUUCAAAAGUGAAAGUACCGAUAUUCUCACCGGGGCUAAGUGCUUUACGGCCGGUACACAUUGCCGGUGGCUCCAAAACAUUAUUUAUUGUGUCACACGAUGGAAAGCUAUUUGUAUGCGGAGAAGGGACUAAUGGACGGCUGGGUUUGGGGCAUAGUAACAAUGUAUCUACGCCUCGAGCAAAUCCAUACCUUUCACACGUACUUGUAAGGCGAGUCGCGGUACACUCUGGUGGAAAACACGCUUUGGCACUCACUGCUGAUGGAAAGGUGUACUCCUGGGGUGAAGGAGAAGAUGGCAAGUUGGGUCACGGGAACCGUUUAACUUUAGAAGCUCCUCGACUAAUAGAAUCUCUGGCGGGCGAACGGGUCGUUAACAUUGCAUGCGGAUCCGCUCACAGCGCGUGUGUAACAGCACGAGGGCAUUUGUAUACAUGGGGCAUGGGAGAAUAUGGAAGAUUGGGACACGGAGAGGAUAAUACGCAGCUAUCACCUAAAAUGGUGGAGGCGUUAGCUGGUUUCAGAGUGAUCCAAGUGGCGUGUGGAUCACGUGACGCACAAACGUUAGCGCUCACUGCGUGUGGAAAAGUAUUCUCAUGGGGUGAUGGUGAUUUUGGAAAAUUAGGUCGUGGUGGCUCAGAUGGUUGCGCUGUACCGAUGAAUGUUGAGAGAUUAAAUACACUAGAUGUCGUUCAAGUGGAGUGUGGCGCUCAGUUCAGCUUGGCGUUAACACGUGAUGGAGAGGUUUGGACAUGGGGCAAAGGUGACUAUUUCCGUUUGGGUCAUGGGUGUGACGCACACGUCCGUCGCCCAACGCUAGUAGAGGCGUUACGAGGCAAACGGGUCAUACACGUAGCCGUUGGGGCGCUACAUUGUCUGGCUGUUACUAGUGAUAAUCAGGUAUGGGCGUGGGGCGAUAACGAUCACGGUCAACAAGGUAACGGUACAACUUGUGUGAACCGUCGACCGGCUUUAGUAGCGGGAGUCGAAGGUGUUCAAAGGGCAGCUGCUGGCUCCUCGCAUUCUGCCGCUUGGGCGAUUCGUCCUCCAUUACAAGCGGAUGUUACUACGCCCCAUGUUGCUCCAUUGCCGUUCCCAUCGCUGAAAGAUCCACUUGGAGCUCAUAGCCUUGGCCUUUACGCUGAAGAAAAUAACAUAGAAGAAUCACAAAGUGCGCGACCAUCCCUCGCAGCUGCGGCAUUGACCUUGGAGCCACCAGUUGCUGUUCAACAUGCAUUAUCUCUCAUUCUAUUGGCUUUACACAUCACACAGGCACGCUGUCUGCUUGUCGAAGCAUUGAGAGCACACGAAGUAUGCACAAGUGCUCCGUCAGUGGGUUUGGAGACCGAAGAAGAUGAUACAGAAGCUGAUGCUCGUACUGGUGGAGGAGAAGCACCGGCUGAUAGAGCUACGUUACCGAGUGGAGCAAGCACUCCUUUGAGUGGGUCGAUAUCAUCCCGGCAUUCGGCUGUGAUGUCAUCUAGCGCUGUUUCCGUUGCAGCAGCUACGAUGACAGUUCAACAAUCUGAAGCACCCAAGGUGGAAUUGGAUGACUUCACUUCGCAACUUGGCGAAUCCGAUGCGAGGGCUUUAGUGGAUCUUUUGAAAUUGGCUGCAGCUGGACGGAUCCCCGAGGCUAAUAAUGCUGUUAAAGUUAUCACUGAUGUUCUUAUGGCUUUGUGCGCCAGAUCUGCGAGCAUAGCAGAUAUGGUAGUGGAAGUGUGUGUGUGUGAGCUCGAAGAAGCUGCAGCUGGGGGUGGGCGCGCUCCUCCCUUGCCCGUUACCGUUGAUAGCCCGCAUCCCUAUGCAGAUGAUACUGAUAUAUCAGGCGUUGUCAAAAUCCCCGGAGCCUCUUCUCUCAGAGUUUCCUUCGAACAAGGUUGUUCUACGGAGCGACGAAACGACCCUCUUACAAUAUCUGAUGCAGCUGGUCGAGUUUUGGCUACGAGAUCUGGAAGGGAACCCACUGAUUGGGCACAGGAAGUUAUUGUUAAUGGUGAUGAAUUACGCUGGAGGUUCACUAGCGACGGUUCAGUUAAUGGUUGGGGCUGGCGCUUUACGGUACACCCGAUUUUACCGACACACACUCCUUCUGAAAGCGGCACUGACCGAUACGUUUUAUCGUGUCCAUCAGUGGAGCUAGCUUGGCGUCUGUUGGAUGGUCCUUUACUGUCCGCCAUUUCUAAUGACCACCAACUCGCCCCACGAUUGGCACAAGCGCUUGCCAUCUGUGCACAAAUGCCUACUUUAACGUGGCGUGCGCGCGUUUGGUGCGUACGUCGUUUACGAGGGGUUGUAUGCGGAGGGGAAGGAGAGCCGACAGCCGGUACUCCUCCAGCAUUACAACAUUUACCGCAGCUGUUACAAGCGCAGUAUGAACACGAAGAACCGGCGCUAAGGACUGGCACACAUCUUAUGCACACACACUAUUUGAAGGAACUGGCAUGGCUAGCGUGCGGUCUACGUGUAGACACUCGAGUAUGCAAUGGCACAGAUGCGGCCCGAUGGGCGUGGUUUAAGCGGUACUGUUUAUGUGUACGCACUGCGGACGCAUUAUUACGUCGGGCGUCCCUCCCUCUACCCUUUCUUACGGAUGUACGCAAAAGACUAGCUGAUCUAGGUGUAUAUACAGAAGAAGGCUCCAGUGAUAGCGCUUGGGAGGAUAAUGCGAAGUUUACGAGGCAACACGACGAACAGUUACUUCAUUGGGUCAAUAAACGUCCUGAAGACUGGACCGGUUGGUGGAACGGUGGUUCUCGAGGUUGUGCGGUAUACGGCUGGGGUCACAAUCAUCGGGGGCAGUUGGGAGGGGUCGAAGGGGCUAAGGUUCGGUCGCCAACGCCCUGCCACGCCCUUGCCAGCCUCAAUCCAAUGCAAUUAGUGGGUGGGGAACAAACUUUGUUCGCGGUGACUCCUGAUGGGAAGGUGUAUGCUACUGGAUACGGCGCAGGAGGACGGUUGGGCAUUGGAGGCAUAGAUUCCGUGUCACAACCUACAUUACUUGCAUCUCUUCAACACGUGUUUAUUACUAAAGUGGCUUGCAAUUCGGGCGGUAAGCAUUGUCUAGCUCUUUCGUCCGAUGGUGAUGUGUACAGUUGGGGUGAAGGCGAAGACGGAAAACUUGGCCAUGGCAACAGAGUAAGCUACGAUCGCCCCAAAUUAAUAACGUCCCUCUCUGGUCUGGAAGUAGUGGCUAUAGCGUGCGGAGGUGCACAUUCAGCCUGUCUCACGGCACGGGGACGAAUUUACACCUGGGGCAAGGGACGUUACGGCCGAUUAGGGCAUGGGGACUCGGAAGAUCAGCUCGUGCCAAAAAUGGUUGAAGCGCUCGUAAAUUACCGCGUAGUUGACGUAGCAUGUGGGUCGGGUGACGCACAAACUCUUUGUAUUACGGACGACGAUAACGUCUGGUCUUGGGGAGACGGAGACUACGGAAAACUUGGUCGUGGUGGGUCAGAAGGCUGUAAAUUACCGAUGCGCAUAGAUUGUCUAAAAGGCCUACGAGUCAUCAAAGUAGAGUGUGGCUCGCAAUUCUCAGUUGCGCUUUGUCAGUGUGGUAGCGUCUAUACUUGGGGUAAAGGCGACUACCACAGACUAGGGCACGGAAGCUACGAUCACGUUAGACGACCGAUGCGCGUUACGGGAAUGCAGGGGAAAAUGAUCGUGUCUAUAGCCACCGGCAGUUUGCACUGCGUAGCGUGUACUGAUACAGGCGAAGUCUAUACUUGGGGAGAUAACGACGAAGGACAAUUGGGAGAUGGUACGACCGUUGCUGCACAAAGACCAAGGCUUUUGGCUGCUAUGCAGGGUAAGCGUAUAACCAAAGUGGCAUGCGGUAGUGCUCAUACAGUGGCAUUGUGCAUUGAAGCGCCACGAGCCCCUCGUGCUCCGCCCUCGCCACCCUUGGAGUGCCAUUUACUGAGAGACAUGUCGCCACAACGCAUGUGUCAUAGAUUGGUAUUACUUCACCAGUUCUCUGAGCUCGUUUGUCCAAACUUGCCGCUGCUAAUACUGGAUGGACCGUUUGAUCAACUACGAACUAUGCUGUUUUAUAGCGUUAAAGAAGCUGCUUUUAGAAAGGCCAUAAUGACAACAAUGGUGCGUGAACGUCAACACGGUCCCGUAGUAGAAUUAUCCCGAGUAGCGGCAAGGCGUGCGAGACGUGGUGGGUCGGGACUAGCUGGACCGGCGGGAAUGAGGUCUGUCUUUGGUCAAAUGGUAGCAAGAUUGCCAGCGUUGACUCAGGAUGCAUUGGCAUUGCCACAUCGCGUUUGGAAGGUCAAAUUUGUAGGUGAAAGUGUAGACGACUGUGGCGGUGGUUACAGUGAGAGUAUUGCAGAAAUGUGUGAAGAGUUACAAAACGGCUCUUUACCGCUACUCAUGGCCACGCCCAACGGCCGCGGCGACGCAGGCGCAUCUAGAGACGCCUUUUUGCUUAACCCCAUAGCGAAUACGCCAUUGCAUCUUAAUUGUUUUAGAUUUUUGGGUGUGUUAAUGGGUAUCGCUAUCCGUACUGGCUCUCCGUUGUCCCUUUCAUUGGCGGAAGGGGUGUGGCGACAACUUGCCGGUCAGCCCUUACGUCCACAAGACUUAGCUGAAGUUGAUAAGGAUUUCCUACCAGCACUUCUGUGUAUACGAGAUAUGACACCUAAUAAUAAGGAGCUUCAAAACUUGGAGCUACCAUUCUCGAUACCCUCAGCAGCAGGUCAUGAAGUACCACUAUCGACGCGACACAAACGGGUCACACCGCACAAUAAGGAUGAAUACGUUCAACUGGCAUUACAUUACAGACUUCACGAAUUCGACGAGCAAGUACGCGCAGUCCGUGAUGGUAUAUCCCGCGUAGUGCCAGCGCCCUUAUUGGCUUUAUUCACCGCUAACGAACUUGAGACGUUGGUUUGCGGCUCGCCUGAUAUACCCGUGCACGCACUACGGGCCUCUGCUACGUAUAAAGGCGUCGAACCAAAUGCCCCUCUGGUACAAUGGUUCUGGGAGGUAAUGGAAGAAUUGUCUGGAAGUGAGCGCGCUUUAUUCCUUCGCUUCGUAUGGGGACGUACGCGUUUGCCUCGUGCGCCUCAAGAUCCACGACAGAGGGACUUUGUAUUGCAGGUGCUUGACAAAUACCAACCUCCAGACCACUUCCUGCCUGAGAGCUACACAUGUUUCUUCCUUCUCAAGAUGCCAAGAUAUUCCUGUAAAACUGUAUUACGAGAGAAAUUAAGAUACGCAAUUCAUUUCUGCAAGAGCAUAGACACAGAUGAAUACGCACGCGUGGCCCUUAGUGCCGCCGAACGAGUUUCGUCCGAAGAGUCCGACACCGAGGAACCGCCCGCAUCUACGAAUCCACCGCCACUUUACUCACUUACUAGAACACCAACCUGGCUUUAG